AUGACGGAAGUUUGUGGAAGGAAACUAGGUUUAGCACGACAGAAAUGUAAUUUAGUGGUUCGAGGAAUGUCUGACGUGCAGGUAGCAUCUAUUAAGUCUCACGUCAAUUUAAACCUGCGCCCCUUAAGAAGCAGUACUCCUGAAAUAAACAUCAAUGCUUAUGUAGUUCCUCGGAUAACAGGGUUAUUACCAUCAAGACGCGUAUGGAAAGCCGAAUGGCAACAUCUAAAGGGACUUGAGUUGGCAGAUCCCAGGUACGACGAGCCAAUGCCAGUAGACAUUUUACUCGGCGCUGAUGUCGUCCCCUAUGUUACUCGAAGUGGUCGUAGAGAAGGUACAGGGACGGAGCCGGUUGGGCUUGAAACUGUGUUUGGAUGGACACUUAUGGGAAACACUGGAGCUACAACCAUGGAGACAGCCAACACAUUCGUAACUGCAUUGGAGGAGAUUGAUUCAACACUACGUCGUUUUUGGGACCUGGAGGAACUACCAAAAAUCCAGCAUCAGACCCCAGAAAACAUAAAAUGCGAGGAGUUAUACACCGCCACAACUACAAGAAAACCAGAUGGUCGAUACGUGGUGCAUCUUCCAUUCAUACAAAACCCACCACAUCUAGGAGAGUCCCGAGCGAUGGCCACGCAGCGGUUAUACAAACUCGAAAUCCGACUAGAGAAGUCUGAAGAACUCCGUCAGCAGUAUAAUGUAGCCAUGCGAGACUAUCUCGAUGCAGGUCAUAUGAAACCAGUUGACUCAACUGAGACUAUGACUUCACACUCCUACUAUACUCCACACCAUGUAGUACUUAAGCCCGAGAGUUUAACUACAAAAGUACGGGUAGUGUAUGAUGCGUCUGCAGUUACUUCCAAUGGAAAAUCUUUAAACGAUUGUCUAUUUCCUGGACCCAAACUUCAGCAAGACUUAUCGGGGAUUUUAGUACGAUUCCGAUUACAUUCCAUAGUUUUCACUGCAGAUAUAAGGCAAAUGUUUCGCCAAAUCGCUAUCACUGGCGAACACCAUGCAUAUCAGCGACUUCUAUAUCGUUUUCAGCCUACAGAUCCAGUGCAAGUGUUUGAAAUGACAACCGUAACGUUUGGACAGCGUUCCUCGCCCUUUUUGGCCAUUCGAACUCUCCACCAAUUGGCUGCGGAUGAAGCCGCAAACCAUCCAGAAGUUCAAAAGGUAAUACAUACCGAUCUUUACGUGGAUGAUGUAGCAACUGGAACGAAAUGUGAAGAAUCGGCUCUUCAACUGCAGCAAGAUUUGAUUAAUGUGUUCAAGCGAGGAGGCUUUGAUCUACGCAAAUGGUCUAGCAAUUCUAUUUCUCUGCUUGAAUCUGUACCACCAGAACACCGACAAACCGAGGCAGUGACCUUUGAUGAGCCAACAUCAGACUAUACAAAAGUACUUGGGUUAAAGUGGGAACCCAAAAAUGACACGAUAGCUUACCAGUAUCAACCUAACCCGGUGAGGUAUAGUAAACGAGCGAUUUUGUCCGAGAUUGCUCGCAUCUAUGACCCGAUAGGUCUUUUGACGCCGGUAAUAACCAACCUAAAACGGUUAAUGAAGUAUUUAUGGGCACUAAGGAUUGGUUGGGAUGAUGAUCUGCCAGUAGUGGCCAAGGAUGCUUGGACAAGAUAUCACGAUGAGUUGCCUUUUAUUGCUUCAGUAUGUGUGGCCCGGCGGAUUACCGUCGAGGAUGCUAACUACGAACUCCAUGGAUUUUGCGAUAGUUCGGAGAGUGCCUACGCCGCCGCUGCUUACCUUCUAGCACGCACAUCUAACGGUCAGAUCCAAGUUCACUUAUUAAUGGGAAAAUCUAAAGUGUCUCCGGAGAAGAAACUGUCGAUUCCUCGACUUGAACUUUGUGGGGCACUACUAUUAGCACGUACGAUCGAUUAUCUCCGUUCUAAUCUGAAGUCAUUACCGAUUAACCAGUACUAUGCUUGGACCGACUCUAUGGUGACUCUUGCCUGGAUCAAUACACCAUCAGCUAAUCUUAAAACUUUUGUUGGUAAUCGGGUUGCGAAAAUCCAAGAACUUACUUCACAAAAGAUAUGGAGGUAUGUUCCAUCGGCACAGAACCCCGUAGAUUGCGCAUCACGUGGUCUUACACCCAGCGAAAUUGUUGACCAUCCUCUGUGGUGGAAUGGUCCGACAUUUCUUCGACAACCAUUGGACACUUGGCCACAACAGGCAAAUAUGUCAGAUACAGAUCGUGUCGAAAAUCAUUCUGAAGAAAAGUUGAUUACCUUACUAGCAACUGCUACACCUACACAAUUAGACGAAAAUUGUGUGAUUCUCUACGCGUCAUCCGAACUUUCUAAGGUUCUCCGUUUGGCAGCUUAUUGGUUGCGACUACGUCAACGAUUGGGUAGGCCGCCCAGGGUGCAAUACCAAACCAAUCGCCCAAGUGCGCAAGAAACGAGAGAUGCGUUACAGGCGUUAAUACGAUGGGUCCAGCAUAUACACUUCGCUGAAGACUGGAACUGUCUUAGGCAAAACCGACCGUGUACACCCAAACUUCGCAUGCUUGGCGCAUACUUGGAUCUCGACAAUGAUCUCAUCCACGUUGGAGGACGCUUGAAGAACUCUGACUUACCUUAUGAGGCAAAACACCCGAUACUACUCCCAAAACAAUCGCAAUUAACCAUUUUCUUGAUUGACUAUGUACAUAGUCUUCAUUGUCAUCCCGGACCACAAACGACGCAGAAUAUUCUACACCAGGAUUAUUGGAUCUUAUCGGCUCGUAGCGUCAUACGUAAACGACUACACCAGUGCAUCCCUUGUUUUCAGGCGAAGCCAAAACCCAUGAACCCCAUGAUGGGAGCAUUGCCUCGAGCUCGUGUUGCAAGUAUCAAAGCGUUUGCACAGGUAGGAGUUGACUUUGCAGACCCUUUUUGGGUAAAGGCCGCUUUGUUACGACGAAUUCAAGCCACAAAAGGUUACCUGUGUAUAUUUGUCUGUAUGGCAACUCGAGCAGUUCAUCUCGAACUUGUAAGCGAUCUAACCACGUGCCUGUUUCUAUCAGCCCUUAAUAGAUUCAUUAGUCGACGUGGUCGCUGUGAAGCUAUAUAUAGAGACUGCGGCACUAAUUUUGUGGGUGCGAAAAACUACUUGGAGGUAAUACAGAAAUUGAUUAAGUCCGACGAAGUAGAGAGAGGUCUUGCGACCCACCAGAUAAGAUGGCAUUUGAAUCCACCCGCUGCUCCACAUAUGGGUGGUCUAUGGGAGGCAGCAGUAAAAUCCGCUAAGACCCUCUUACAUCGAACGAUCAAAGAACAAAUUCUGACCUACGAAGAGUUGAACACCAUCUUUCACCGAAUUGAGGCAAUAUUAAACUCACGUCCAAUAGGUUCCAUGUCAUCAGAUCCUAACGACCUACAACCACUAACCGCUGGACAUUUUUUAACGUUAGAACCAAUCGUUACCAUGCCGACGCCAGAUACAAUUAAAACCUUACCAAAGCUGGGACUUCACCAACGCUGGAAACUAGUCCAACAACUACAACAACAUUUUUGGGAACGUUGGCAGCAGGAAUACUUGCAUACAAUUCAAACCAAAUCCAAAUGGAACAAAAUUGAAACCAACCUGGCGCUAGGGGACCUUGUAAUUAUUAAGGAACCAACUCCACCCCUCACAUGGAAAACGGCUCGAGUGGUAGAAGUCUUCCCAGGAGAGGACAAAAUAGUUCGAGUCGCCAACGUCCGGACCGCAGAGGGAAAAAUUGUAAAACGUCCAGCGGUGAAACUGUGUCGCUUGCCAUUAACUUUUGAAGGUAACUAG